GCUCACCGUGGAAGAAAUGAUGCCCCACGUCCAGCACAUGAAAGGAGGUCACAGUAAAAACCUGUUUCUUAAAGACAAAAAGAAGAAAGGGUUCUGGCUGGUGACUGUCCUGCACAACAGGCAGGUCAAUUUAAACGACCUGGCUAAAAAACUGGGCCUCGGCAGCGGGAACCUCAGGUUUGCUGAGGAGAACUCCAUGCUGGAAAAGCUCCGGGUGGGCCAGGGCUGUGCCACGCCACUCGCCCUCUUCUGUGACCAGGGGGACGUGAGGCUGGUGCUGGACGCUGCCCUGCUGGAAGGGGGCCACGAAAAGGUGUAUUUUCACCCCAUGACAAAUUCUGCAACCAUGGGAUUAAGCCCCGAGGACUUCCUGAAGUUCGUGAGAUCAACAGGCCACGACCCCAUCAUCCUACACUUCGAUGAAGAUGUCAAAUAGUGGAAGUUCACUUUUCUACUACUAGACAUAGAUGUGGUAGAGAAAACCUGGUGAAAAUCUUGUUACAAAUAAAAAGAAGGCUUACUCCUUUUUCAUAUUUUUUUUCAAUUGUAUAAGUUUAUAUUGGAUAACCUAGUGAGAAAAAAUACUGUCUUUGAGUUAUUAGAAGUUUAGCAGUGUUCUUAAAAAGACAUUUGCAACAUGUAUGCACUAAGUAUAAACUUAGUGUAAAUUAAAUCAUGUCUGCACUAGGUAACUAGUAAGUAUAAAAGGCAUUAUUUAAAUAAUUUUAUAAUCUUUGUUAAUGGAACAGAUAGAACUGGAACUUCCCAGGUGCGGGACUGGCCUUGAAGGUUUAAACUUGACAUCAGGAGAGGGGAGCAGUGAAAGUGAGGGAUGGAACCUGAAGGUGAUGGAGGGUGAAGGCUUUUGGAUGCAGCCUAAUGAAAAUGUCAUUAGCACCAGCCAAGAGCACCAGCAGCAGCUGAGGUGAACAGAAAUCAAACCCACAGGAGCAGGAAUUAAAAACACAUCAAAGGAGUUGUGAUCUUGGAAGAAUGAACAGUUACUAUUAUCUGAGUAAGAAAAAGUGUCUUCUAGGGCAAGGCAAGUUCCUUCACCCGCCUCCUUACCGUGGCUUCCUGCGUUUUGGAAGGAUCUGGCACCUGUUCUCAGAGCUCCUGGAGACAGAACAUUUCACCAUCCAGCAGUUUAGAUUCCUCCCUCCACCUUGUCAGACACAAACCAACCCCAGCUAUCAUGGGAAUCAUCUCCAGUGGGAAAGAAGGGACCUAAAAAUGCUGCAGCUGUAGGAAGAGUCACUAGAAAAACAUCCAGUAACAUUUAUCUUGCCCUCUGCCGGCCACUCACUCUCCCUCCCCCUACAGGUUUCUUCUUUCUUCUACCCCAAAAUCCCUUAUCCCUUAAAAAAUGAGUAUUAGAUUUGACUUGUCAAGGGUUUUAGCUCUGGAAUGUUUUAAAUGUGACAAAUUGAUUUCAAGGCACGUGCCCAAUCCUAGAACCUGCACUGCCUGAAGUGUAACUAUUUUCAUCCUCGGGGGAAGGGGGGGAUCCUGAGACUUGGCUCAGCAAAAAUAACCCCCAGGCAAAGCUAAGGCUUCAAAUAAUACAUCUGUCAAAUCUGUAAUGAUUUCUUUUUGUCUUUACUUAUGAAAUU